UCUCUCUCUCUCUCGGUAUCUCUCUGGUCAGGUUGCGGAGCCGCAUCUGUAUCAUCAGAGCCCAGAGCGGAGUGGACGGGCAGCAGGUCGCCACGAAACGCGCUUUGUCCUCCCGCAGAAGGAAGUGAGGUGACCGCAGCGCGUUUGUCCUUGAGGAGACUAUUGGCGGCGGCAGGAGACAGCGGAGGAGAGGGUGCGCGCAAAAAAAGACCGAGAAGAGCAAAUGGCCAAGGGGAGAGAGAUGACGGGUCUUUGAAGAUGCUCGGUAAAUGACUGUGGCUGACCGAGUGUCAGGUUCAACCCGAGAUCCGCUGUUUGCAGGAAAGCAGGUGUCUGUCACCAACGACGUUGUAAAAUGGAGUCCACUCACCUCCUGACCAGCUCCAAGAAGAGGGUAAAGAUCCACCCUCACACCGUCACCGCCAAAUACACUAAGCACACCCCCUACUCCCCUCAACCCGGAGUGCACACACACUUCCCACAACCGGGGGACGAGGGCUACGACGACGCUCCGUCCUUUGAGGACUUUGGCUCCUUCCUGGAGGAGACGUCAGACAAGAAACAGCUGACGGAGGGCAGGAAGUGGCCUCUGACUCUGUUUGGCUCCAAAGACAAAGACACGGAUAAAAAGCCUCAAGCGGCUGUGGCAGGAGAUGGCGGCGGCGAGGGGGGAGCCAAAGCAGCGAAGGGCUCCGGGAAAGGAGUAGGGGAGCAGCUGGCCAGUUUCGGGGAGGCGUCGGUGUCUGCGUCCCGGCUCACCUGGGUGGGGCUGUUGGGCGCGGCGCUGGCGCACGGCUGUUUGAUCGUUUUGACCCGCCUGGCCUCUGAACGCUUCGGCCUGGGCCCCCUGUUCCUGCUCUUGGUUCGGUCCAUCGUCCAGCUCCUUUCUGUGGCUGUGCCACUGCACAAGGGGGAGAACCUUUUUGGCCCGCCGGGCCACCGUCUACGUCUGCUCUGUUACGGCGUCGCCUACACUCUCUCCCUCUGCUGCGCCUACGCCUCGUCGACCUUCGUCUCCCCCGGAAACGCCACGACAACCUGGCGCCUGGCCACCACGGCGCUGUCAGCGACCCUGGCCUUCCUGCUCCUGGAGGAGAGGCUGGGAUUGGCUGACGGGAUCACCGUGGCGGCAGGGCUGUGCGGCUUGGGGCUCGUUUUACUCCCCACGGCAGACGGGAGCGACUCAGACUCGCCGACGGACCCGGUUGCUUUCUGGAGGUGUGCGUUCGGCUGGUCUCUUUCAGCUCUCGCAGGGCUGUGGAUGGCUUUGGCUCUCGUUGGGUAUCGCUCCCUGAAGGAAAGGGUGGGGGUGGCCACCGCCUUGUUCACAGUCAGCUGGACGGGCUGCCUGCUCGCCCCGGCCUCGUUGGCUCUGCUCCAGGAGGGCUGGUCCUGGCCCUCGAGUGCCCCCGCCUGGGGUCUGGUCCUGGGCCUGGUUGCAUGCUCGGUGGCAGCCUUUCUGGGGAUGACGCACGCCCUCACCCGACUCCACCCUGCUCUGGUCUCCGCCUCUCAGAGCCUGGAGGCACCCGUCGCCAUGCUGCUGCAUCUGGCGGUGCUGCCGCUGGCCCCCUCUGCGCCGGAGGUGGUCGGCAACGUGAUUGUCAUGCUGAGCGUCGGUUGGCUUGUGGCGACGAAGCUGCUACCGGCCCGUGGGGGGGGGCGGCGCCAAAGGGAGGAGUACGAGGAGAUUAUGGACUCGCCUAUCAAAUAGGCAUCUCUUCUCACCUCCCACCUCCUCCAUGACUUCCCCUCAACCCUUCAUAUGAUUGGUUACGGUGCACAUAAGAGACUGCUAAAUGUUUAUUGGAGCUUCUAGCAAUUUUGUAUCGUCCUCUAUGCUUUUGAGAAGGGUCCAAUAUUGUGUUGUUUGUUGUCGUGACUAUUAGAUGUGACAUUAAAAUCUCUCUCUGUUGAACACAA